AUGCCUCUACUCUCUUCUCAACAGAGCUCUCGCGAAGCAGAACCGGGUCUUCCAGCUUCCCUCCUCUCUGCGGACCUCGUACCAGACGGGCUCAUCUUGUCCUCUUGCAGCGAAGACGCGGAGGGCGAGCUCGAAGAGUCUUUCUACUCUGAACACUCCUUCUGGAUGGCCCAACCAGCAGAUACAAGCACCAGCACUGUGGCUACACUCGAUGUAGAUGACCCGCCAAUCCCCUUGCUUGGUCGUGACGGCACGUGGAAGGCGACAGAGCAACAAAAUGCAGCGACGCGCGGCGACGACGUUCAGGAGGGAGAACACCGCCGUACCACGUCUCAGCGCGGGCUUUCUCUCAAUCAGCUGGGCAAGGUCAGCAAGCCGAACCUACUGUACAAUUCUGCCACCACCAGCACUCUUCAGAAAAGGGCCCCUUCUCUACCUAGCAGCGACUCUGAAGACGUCCCUUUGUCUUGGGCAGCCAGUAAGAAGCAAAAGAAGAGCACGGCAAACAAGACGCGUGACGACAGUGGAACUAGCAAGAAUGUUACGAAAGCCAAGAAAGCCAGCAAGAAGCAACCAAAAGCAUCAAAGCCGAAGAAGAAAGCGACGACCCGUAGGCCUCUCAGCUCCAGCAGCAAGCGGGAAGAUCCCAUCGUCAGCAGCGAGAUCGGCAGUAUUUCCGCCUCAAUCAAUCCGUCCUCACCAGCUUCCUCCACUGGCAGGUACAGACUGCGGAAGAAGGAGAGCGUUCCGGAACUCAACCUCUCUUCGCUGAUGACUCCGCCGAGAAACAUUGCAUCUCUAGCCUCAGAUGAAGCCGUGGACGGAUGGACUGACUGGGUCGACCAGCCAGAGGAGGAUCGAGGCAGGAACUUCACACCAUCGCCCACAGCGAUGCCUGGUGCGCCCACGACCAAGCUCGAAGAUAGCUAUGACGCUGACAGUGCUGGCGAAGGUGAUGAACUGGAUAUCCCUUCAGCAUCGCCCGACUCCGCGAGGGUCAGGGUCAGGGGUCAGCGCACAUUCCCAGCCCACUUCGAGAUCCAUGCCGACUUUCCAUUGCUUUAUCAGCGAUACUGCGUUCCUUCUUCAGUCAGUCCUGAAGUGCUAGAGAUGCUGCUUAGAGGACUCAAUCAUGCCGACGUCGACGAUGAGUUUCACGAGGUCGUAGACAGAGCACAAACGGUGCAAGGUACUUUCAACAAGCCUCGUUCGAUUCUGGAUCUUUACACGCCUCGCUUUGUCAAGGGUGUGGGUGCACAGAAGGUCGGGAUGUGUCCCGUUUGCUACGAGGAUGGUAAAGUCAAGUUCUUCAAGACCAAGCUUUCGGCCUACAACUAUCACCUACAGAACUUCCACGGCAUCUCCGCCCUCACCGGUCUACCCUUCACUCCACCCUCCAAAUUCCGAACCGAGUCGCGACCAAACGCAAAACCAAAGGAGCGCAGGCAGAUCAUCCAAGGUCUUUGUCACUCGUGCAACAAGUACAUCGAUAUUCAGGGACCUAAAGAGACAGAGGUCAAAGUGGCAGAGAUUUACUGGUGGAAACAUGCUCAGGCGUGUCAUCGGAGCGGAAACAAGGUGCCAGAUGGUGUGGGAGGGUAUUUUGUCGAAAACAAGUGGUAUGAGCGGGUUUGUGUGGUUUUGGGGCUACUGGGAGGGUUCGAAGGUGAAUUGAGGAGACUGCUGAGUGGAAGUAAGUAA